CCCCUCCUAUUGGCGCAUGCGCAUUGCUCCUGUCUGCACUUGGCGGGCGGGCGGUGACGGCCUCUUGACGUUAGUUUAGUUUUAAAGGAAGUGCAAAAGUAAAAGGACCCAAUUCAUUUCAGGGCAAAAAUUCGCGAGAAAAAAAACAACGACGAUGUAUGGCGCCGGAGGCAGGAGUGUCUGACACACACACACACAGAGGGAGUGGUGGACUGACAGGAGGUGAGCUGUGUAUAGUUACUGGUUCUGACCAAAGAAAUGAAGUGAGACAUACAGAAAUGGGCAGUCUGAAUGAUCCGGAGGAUGUGUAUGUUGCAGUUAUCCGUCCCAAGAAUGCGGCUAGUUUGAAUUCCCGUGAUUAUCGUACAAAAUCCUAUGAAAUUUUGCUGUUAGAACUGCAAAAUGAAGUCAGAAAAAAGAGAAAGAAAGUUUUGUUGGGAACAAAAAUAAAGAGGAAGAAAGGUGAUGGACAGGAAAUCCUUGACUUUGUGGUUGAAGCCACUAAGCUAAUAUCUCCAAAUAACCAAGGCAUCAAAGGAAAACGAGUGGUGCUGUUGAAAGAAUUCCCCGUCGAAAGAGAGAAUAUUUGUCAGGAAAUCUGCCUUUAUGUUGUUCCAACAGCAGUUAAAGAUAACAGCAAGACAUCCUAUUGCCCUGGAGGACCGAGUUUUUAUUGUUUACAAGACAUAAUGCGUGUGUGCAGUGAAUCAAGUACUCAUUUUUCUACACUCAGUGCAAAAAUGUUGAUUGCCCUGGACAAGUGGCUAGCAGAGCAGCACACCAUCCCACAUGCCAUUCCCGGGCUUUUUAGACCCGCCCCUCUUGAUAGAAUAAAAUCUGGUGUGGUAAACCCUGCUUACAAUGAAAGUGAUCAGUCUGAAGGUACAUUGCACAUGGGUUAUACAGCACUUGAGGUGAAAAGCAAAAUGUUGACCCUGGAAAAAGCUGACUUGUGUAUCUACAAUCCUCUGUUUGGAUCAGAUCUACAGUAUACAAAUAGGGUGGACAAAGUGGUUAUUAAUCCAUAUUUUGGCUUGGGAGCCCCAGAUUAUUCCAAAAUACAGAUUCCAAAACGUGAAAAAUGGAAGCGAAGCAUGAGCAGCAUCAUGGAAGAUAAGGAGCGACAAUGGGUGGAUGAUUUCCCAUUGCACCGCAGUGCCUGCGAAGGUGAUACAGAGUUACUGAGUAAGCUUCUGGAUAGUGGUUUUUCAGUGAAUCAACUGGAUAGCGAUCAUUGGGCUCCUAUUCAUUAUGCUUGUUGGUAUGGAAAAGUUGAAGCUACUCGAAUGCUGUUGGAAAAGGGCAAGUGUAAUCCUAACUUACUGAAUGGACAACUAAGCUCUCCACUUCACUUCGCAGCAGGUGGAGGACGGAUAGAUAUUGUUCAGCUUUUGCUGCAACAUCCUGAGAUUGAUCGGCAUAUUGUUGAUCAACAAGAAAGAACACCUUUACAGGUCUGUACAGAGAACAAACAGAAUGACUGGGAAGACACAGAAAAACUUCUUAGUGAGGCAUUGAAUAAACCAUAUGAGAAAGUUAGAAUUUAUCGCACAGAUGGAUCAUAUCGUGCUGUUGAACUCCGACAUGGAAAUAAUACUACAGUGCAGCAGAUUAUGGAAGGCAUGCGGCUAUCGCCUGGAAUCCAGCAGUACUUUACCAUCUGGAUCUGCUCUGAGAACCUCAGUUUGCAGCUGAAGCCAUACCACAAAUCCUUGCAGCAUCUUCGAGACUGGCCAGACAUCGUGGCAGAGCUGACGAACCUCGAUCCCCACAAGGAAAAGCCACAACUCUUCUUGUGUAGGGAUGUGCGACUCUUGUUAGAAACUGAAAGGAAGGUGGAUGAUCCAUUGGCUAUCCUAAUUCUAUUUGAUGAGGCACGUAAUAACUUGCUGAAAGGGUUUUACCCAUGUUCUGACACUCAACUUAUAACAUUGGCUGGCCUCCUCCUUCAAAUCAUUUACGGAAAUUAUGAAAGCAAGAAACAUAAACAGGGAUUCCUCAAUGAAGAAAAUCUAAAAUGUAUAUUGCCAUGUACCAAAUUCAAAAGCAAGGGUCCACAUUGGAUUGGUAGGAUUCUUCACGAAUACAAGAGUCUUAGCAGUCGUGAAGGGAUCAGUAAAGAGAUGCACCACCUUCAGCGUCUCUUCCUGCAGAUUUGCUGGGAGUUUCCAACCUAUGGAGCAGCCUUUUUCACGGGGCAAGUUUAUACCAAAGCAAGCUCUAGUAGCCAUAAAGUGGUCAAAGUAUAUGUUGGUGUAAAUACAAAGGGUCUGCAUCUCGUGAACAUGGAGACUAAGGCUUUGCUGAUCAGCCUAAAGUAUGGCUCCCUCAAGUGGCAGUUGGGUGAAGGAGAUGCCUAUUUUCAGAUUCACAGUUUGGAAAAUAAAAUGAGCCUUGUACUACACACAAAGCAGGCAGGCUUGAUCGUAAAGUUACUGAUGAAGUUGAGUGGCCAAUUGAGUGUAAAUGAAAGAAAUUUAGCGGAGAGAUUUGGAUACGGGUAACCAUUAACCACAGAGAUUCAUCUGCCUCUACCAAUCAUAAUUGUAGAUCUACUCAGCCUCUGAAUUGCCAUGGAUUACAUAGACUCUUUGAAGACGCAUCUUUUUGUUUAAACCUUGUAAGUAGUUUGGCUUUUGUGAUAUUUAUACAUAUAUGGAAAAAUCAUGUUUGAUUUAUUCCUUUUACUUUUAGCAAAUACAUAGUGGAGAUUGAUUACACACCUCUUCAAAGAUUUGUUUCCAGAUAUCUAUCUGCGGUGGUUAUUUUUUUAACCUUGACCUUCAAGAGCAGUGCAAUCAUUGUUCACCAGCAUGAGCUGUACUGUUAAAACAAAUAAUUUUGUAAUUUUUUUAAAAAAUCACUUAUUUCUUGCUACUAGGUAAAAGAGCAUGUUUAUAAUUGCUUUGACACACAAUAACUUGUUAGUAUUAUUUUAUAAAAUGAGAUGUUGAUGUUAUCAAUCCAAUAGCUGAAAAAAAAUUGUGUUACUUUUCUUUUGAGCAGAAAAGGUCUGAAAUGUACAGAGCAGAUAAUGUUUUUCUCUAAUAAAUUAAUUAUGUUUCUC